UUAUUAUAAGCUUAUUCCAAGGAGCUCUCCCCUGCCUCUCCCUUACUUCCACUCAUAUAUAGUUUCAAGCUUUUUAUUUCCUUUGUAAUUUACGUAAAAUCUGAUUUCUAUUUUUUGCUGCAAUGGCGGCUUCUUCGACAAUUUCAAGUUCUAAUUUCAACCCUAACUCUACACAGAGAAAGCACAACUCGCCAUUAGAACGAAGGCCCCGAAUGCUGAAAGAUUUCCUCCACGAUGAUUCCAACUCGUCUUCCUUAAAUGGGUUCAAUUCAUUUCAGAGAAAAUAUUGCCAGAAUUCCAGCAUUUUCCGGGAAAAUCUAAACAACUGUCAAAGACUUCAAAGAAGCCGAUCAAAAGCCGCCUCAACAACAAUAUCAGCUUUCCAGGCAAUUAUCAACGCCAUUAAAAGCAUCCAUUUUGCUUCAUCGGUUAAAUCUCUUUCGAUCUUACUGCCCAGAAGCCUUUCACGUAAACUUUCCAAAAGGAACUCACAAUCACACCUCAACGUCGAAAACAAAGGAACGGGAAUCAAAAUUACCGUGAUAGUCAAAGAUAUCAUACGCUGGAAAUCGUUCCGUGAUUUAGUGGAGGAGAAAUCUCCACCGUCGGAUUUUGCUUCUUCUUCUUCCCCUCAAACAACUACAAAAAUGGGAUCCAACACUCCUUGUAGUAGUAGCAGCAACGGCUCAAGCUGGUGCGACAGCGAUUUCACCUCGGAAUAUUUACCGUCCGAUGAAUACGGUGAAAACGAAGCUGACAUCGUGGGUAAAAUAUUCUCACCGCGUGUCGGUAAGGAAGACCCCAUGGAGACGACGACGACGACAACAACAAAGACAGCAACUAACACAGAUAUGGGACCCAAACAUGCAAGGGAAGAGACAGAACAGAAGAGUCCAUUGUCGGUGCUUGAUUUUGAACAUGGUGCUGAACUGGUUUUGGAUCUAUUUCGAGAAGAAAUAGAGACGAAGUGGGAUCAAAAGGGGGAGGUCGAACGUGAAAUGGUAAAGCUGGUAAAAGCAUUGGAUUGGUAGAGAACAUGGCGAGACGUCAACAAGGGAGGGUUGUGUUAGAGAAAUGGAAAGGGAGGGAAGGUGGAGGAAUUGCGAGUUUCAUGAAGAACAACAAGAGUUGGCCAUGGGAGUGGAGAGAUGGGUGACGAAUAUUUUGGUGGAUGAAUUAUUAGUUGAUC